UUUGUGACAAGAAGGGAGGCGCGCGGAGCGUGUGUGUGUAUACCUCUCUCUCUUUCCGUGCGUCUUUUUUUCCGCCAGCCUCUCGCGCGCGUCUCGCAAAAUCCUCCGCGGCGGCCUCCUCCGAGUGUGCCCGCGUGUGUGUCCACGGCGUUUAGCGAGGGGCGUCGCGCGGCGGCGACGACGCAAAGCCGAUCGAGUGCGCGGAGACGACACCGACGACGAAAACCACCCGGGUGUGUCCCCACACUGUCUCGCGCGCGAGAGGAGAACGACCGACGAGCGAGCGACGAAACGGAGAAAAGUGCGCGCGUGUGUGUAUGUGUGUGAGAGAGAGAGAGAGAGAGAAAAGGAGAGAGUGUGCGAGUGUGCGUGCUUCUCUCUACGGCGUCGCCGACGAGAAGGAGCAGCAGCCAGCAGCAGCAGCAGCGGCGGCAGCGGCAGCAGCAGCUCGUCGUGACUAUUUGGCCGUUCGUACACUUCGGUAACGUUUUUCGCGUGUGAGUGCGAGUCGACGAAGAAGGAGGAGGAGGAGGUGGCGGAGGCGGAGGCGAGUUGGUAGCAGUGUCGGUUCUACGAAGAGCGACUGAGCGAGAAGGAUAUAGAGGGAGGAAGGGAGAGGGAGAGAGAAGCGAGAGAAAGAUAGCGCGGCCCGGGCUGCGACCCGAACGUGAGAUCGAGAGAGAGCGCGGCGCGGACAGAGAUAGAGCGAGCAAAAGUGCGUGCUCGGUGACGCGUUUGUUUGUUGUGCGUGCCGCGACAUUUCCGCGACGCGCGGAGCCCAAUAAAGUUCGCGAACCGCGGGCGAACUCGGGAGGAGAGCAGCGACAGCAGCGGCUCGCGGGGGAAAACGCCGGCGUCGGGUGCUCGCGUCCUUCUCCGUCGUCCGUUAUCGCCGCGUCGCGGAGUGCUCGGCUCGUCGUCGUCGUCGUCGUCGUCGUUCCCUGCGUGUGUGUGUGUGUGUCUCUCGUGUGUUUUGCCGGGCGUAACGGCCGGCGGCGGAGAAGCGGUGCACGGUGCGCGGCGCGACACACACACGCACGCACGCACGCACGCACACGCGCGAGAGCCGAAGGAGCAGCAGUGCGACCGAGCGGGAGUUGGGGGGAGGGAAAGAAGGGAGAUAGCGAUACAGGCGGCAAAAGAAUCCGGUGUUUGAAAUUAUGGUGUAAGUAAUAACGGCCGCGCUCGAUCGGGAGGGGGAGAGGAGGGUGUAUCCGCCGCCCGGUGGUGCGAGAGAACAACCGAGUCCGGGAUACGGAGUUCCUUGGCGACGGCGACGGCAGUGCUUCGUCUGUGUGUCUCUAUAUGUGUGUACGUGCGUGAGAACAGGGUCGCGAGGUGAGGCUCCGACGUUUUGGAUUAUAUACGGCACGAGGCGGAAGAGAUAUUACCCCCGGGAUCUCUGAAACGCGUGUAUCGGGGGAGGACGACGCCAAGAGGUGAGAGACACGCCGCGCCGUCGGGAGGAGAGGUCGGGGAGAGGAGCGCCCCCGGCCGGUCGUCGUUCCGGGUGUAUGCGUGCACCCGCCUUGGCCGACCACGCGGCGACGAUGAGAUAUUGGCGAAGAUGAAACAAUCUCCGGAGAGAAAAGGAUGAAGCUUCUUUACUUAAAGAUCAGAUUCAGGAUGUCAAAGGAUAGCGCACCGUCAUUUCCUCAACCAAAGGCAAGGAAAUUAAGUCGCGAGUUUAAGAUCGGAAGCACGUCGAUCAGCCGAGGCGCGGUUCCGUCGGGAAAUCGAAGGGAAGAACCGCACGCUAGGCUGAGGCCGACUGGGAGGAUCGUUUCGGGGGACAUGGCUUAACUCGCGACAAGUGGGAGACAGGUGGAGGAGCCACCAUCCUCGGAUCCCAGGUUCCCGGAGAGCGCGGAUGGUCGCCGAGAUUUCCUACAACGUUGGAAGUAAUCAGGAGUGGUGUCGGGUGGUGUGUUCGUGAUCAAGGGAGGUGGGGGGCUCAGUGGCUGUGAUCGUGGUGUUGUGUCGGGGGAUCAGUGUGUCGGUCGGUGAAGAGUGGUAUAUCGGGUUGCGCGUCCCGGCUUACUACGCGAGAGUAAGAAUUAACGACAGGAGAGCAAGUGUGGUGAAGAGAAAUCAAGGUGAAUAAGGUGAAUAUACACGAUAAUCGAGCAGCGGGGAGGCGCGAGUGAGAGAGAAAGAAAGAAAGAGAGAGAGAGAGAGAAGAGGAGAAGAGGGAUACGACCGCGCGGAUAUAUCGCGAAUUACGUCGAGCGAGAGUAGAAGCGAGAGAGUGAGUGAUGUGUUCGAUGGACGAGGCGCGUCUCGCGGGCGGUGGUCGGGGUAAUGAUAACGCGUGUAGUCGCGCGCGCUACCACUACUACUACUUGGUAUCCAAAGUGAGAAACGGCGGGCAGUCGGUGACCAGGCUGGCGGGCGCCGGGGAAACGUUUCCAAGGGCAUGGCGACCACGCCACUAGGCGGUCGCCUCCCUAACGUAAACCGUAAAGGACCAUCUCCGUGCAUCGGUGGUGGUGGUAUUAGUAGUAGUAGCAAUAGUAAUAGCAACAGUGGUGGUAACGGGAGCAACGGCAACACCAGUAGUAACGGUAAUAGCAGUAACAACAACGGCUUAAGUAAUAACAGCAACGCCAGCGGCGGUCAGUCAAGGAGGCAGGAGAGAACGUUGGUCGGCAGGGAGCACCGCGAUCAUCGUCAUCAUCACCAUCACCAUCACCAUCACCAUCAUCACCAUCAUCAUCACCAUCAGGGUCGGGACAAGUCGUCAUUGUCAUCGUCGUCGUCGUCGUUGUCGUCGUCGUCGGUCAACCAACAGCAGCAGCAGCAGCAACAACAGCAGCAGCAGCAGCAGCAGCAGCAGCAACAGCAGCGUGAGUCGAAUAAAGCAAGCACAGUGGCUGCUAACGCCGGUGAACUGGAUCCGGCCGCGACGAAUGCGACCAAUAACUUUGAGUACGACGACAACGAAUGGGACAUUGGCAUAGGUGACCUGAUAAUCGAUCUUGAUGCGGACAUUGAGAAGACGAGGGACGAGAAAUUGAGCUCGGGGACAGGCAUGGCUUCUACGCCUGCCUCGGCAGCAUCGGCACCGAAUAACGCGAAUCAUCAUCAGUUACAGAACUCAGCGAGUGGUCUCAACUCCUCCAACUCUUCGUCCUCGUCCGUCCCGUCGACUGGCACGAACGCCGGCAGUCAAUCGUCGUCGUCCUCGUUAUCGUCGUUGUCGUCGUCCUCCUCGUCGUCCUCCUCGUCAUCGUCCUCCUCUUCCUGCGGCGUCGUAAACUCGUCGUCCGCACGGUCCAACAGCCCCGGAAGCGUCAGCGGGAGCGCGAACGGUACCGGCGGCGCGAACGGCGCCGGUAACGCGAACGGCACCGCCUCCGUGGUAACCGGGCCCGGUAGCAAGCAGCAGCAGCAGCAGCAGCAACAGCCGUCGGGCGUGAACGUGAGUGGCGUGAACGCCGUCCACGGUAACGCCGGAAAUCCCGGCAAGAUGGCCGUUGAACACUCGGCCACCGUCGACAAGGGCCUCAAGAUGAAGAUCAAACGGACGAAGCCCGGUACAAAGACCAGCGAGGCCAAGCACGAGAUCGUCAAGUCGAACGAGAUCAACGGCACCGCCUCGUCGCAGGACUCGAACAACGGCACCGCCGCGUCCGCGACCUCCUCGUCCUCGGCCGUCGGAUCGGCCUCCGCGUCCUCGGCCGCGAUCCCCCAGAACUCACAGAACUCGGAAUGCGGCCCCGCGGGGACGGUCGGCGGUCAGUCGUCCUCGUCGAACAAGUCCAAGCCGAGCCACACGCCGGCGUCGGCCGGCGGCACCGGUGCCGCACCCUCGUCCACCGCCGGCUCGAAGCGCGGCUCGAGCGGCCAUCGGCGGGACAAGGCGCGCGACAAGCACGACAAGCCGCAGAGCAAUCACACGCCCCAGCAGACCAAGCCGGAGAUGAACGGCACCGCGCGCCCGGCACCGCAGGCCCAGAACUCGGCCGGUGGCGCGACGCAGUCUCAGGGCCCGACGCCGGCCGCCACGGCGCCCCAACAGACCCAGGGACCACCGCCCAGUUCGAGGACAGGUUUCUCCGUGUCACAGGGCCCCGGGCCACCCGCGACCAGCGCGGCGGCACCUUGCCCGCCGCCGAGUCCGGCGAGCGCCACGGCGGCUGGCGCGCCGGCCAAACCGGAACAGACCAAGGUCGCCGCGGUGCCGGGACCACCGCUCACGACACCCGCCGAGGAAGCAAUGGACACUGCCGCCAGUCCUCCGCCCGCGAAAAAGAUUAAGACCGAACCAAAGGACAUGUCCGACGUGUGCGUUGGGACCAGCGUGGGGACCAUCACGGAGCCGGAGUGUUUGGGGCCCUGCGAACCCGGCACCUCCGUCACCCUCGAGGGCAUCGUUUGGCACGAGACCGAAGGAGGUGUACUAGUAGUAAACGUUACGUGGCGGGGUAAAACGUACGUCGGAACGUUGUUGGACUGCACGCGCCACGAUUGGGCGCCACCACGUUUCUGCGACUCGCCAACCAGUGACCUGGAUGCCCGCACCCCUAAGGGACGUGGUAAGCGCGGUCGUGCCGCUGCCAACUCCACGCCUGGCAACGACCUGAGCAAUUUCACGGAGACAAGGAGUUCCGUACACAGUAAGCUGCGCAACGGCGGCAAGGGCCGUCGUGGCGCGCAAGGUUCACCAGCUGCCAGCCCGAGCCCGGCAGCGUUUGUACCGCCGCGGCCGGAUCCGGCGGCGAAGCGGAAAUCACGUGGUCCCGAGGAGGAACAGGACAAGAACAAGCGACGGGCGCCGCCACCGACGCCGCCCAGCGGUUCGCCACCCGCUAGUCCAGUGUUGCUCGAAUGUCCCGAGCCGAACUGUAGUAAAAAGUACAAACACAUCAACGGACUCAAGUACCACCAGAGCCACGCGCAUGGCUCUGCCGACGAUGAUGACACCAAGGAGGGCAUCACCAGUAUGUCGGAGAAUGACGAGAGUAAUAUCGAGGCACCGAGUCCUGCUACGCCGGUGAAGUCGCCAGCGGACAAACCCGAGGGUACGCCAGUGAGGGCGGCGAGUCCACCGGCGGCAGGACUACCACCGGAAACGCCGCCGCCACCCCCGCGAGUCCCAUCGCCUAGUAUAGAACCGCCCACGCCUGUGCUCGCGGACAAGAACAUCGUCAAGCCGGGCGUGCUCAGGUUCGGCCAGGACGACUUGCCGGCGCCCACUUCCACGGCGCCAUCGAGGCAGCAGCAGCAAUCCGUGCAGCAGCAGCAGCAGCAGCAACAACAACAGCAACAACAACAACAACAGCAGCAACAGCAGACUCAAUCGUCUUUGAGCUCGUCGAACCCGCCCCAAAGUCCCAGUCCCCAUCCCAGUCAGUCUCCCAGGCCCGUGCCUUCGCCGCAUCUCAGCACGAACAUCCCCCAGCCCCUCAACAUACCACAACCGCCGCAACCGUCUCAGAUGCAACAGUCGCAUCAAUCUCAAAAUCCUCUUUUGCAACAAGUGCAGCAGUCGUUACAGCAAGUCAAUCAACCGCCGCAACAGCAGCUACAGCCUGGCAUUGGCACCCAGCAGCAGCAAUUGCAGUCGUCCGUUCAGCAACAGCUAGCACCGGCGCAUCAAUUGCAACCGGUGCAGCAUCCUCUGUCGGCGCAAUUGGGCCAGCCCACGCAAGCUCAUGUGGUGCAGCCGUCUGCAUUACAGCAACAGCAGGCCAGUUUACAAAGUAUAGCCAGUCAGCAUCCGGGUUUGCAGAAUCUUGCGAGUCAAGUGUCGCAACAGGCGGCGGGAUUACAAACGGUGCCACCACCGCCAAGUCAUCCGGGUCAGAGUGUGCAAUCGCACUUGCAACAGUAUCCGACUGCGGUGUCGUUGCAUGCAGCUGCGGCAAAGAUGCCGCAAUUCAAGGUGAAACCUACGGCUGCGCUUAUGCCGGAGCAGGAUAAGAGUAAGACAAACGCGGACGCGCGCGCUCCCAAACCACAAGGCUACAAGAAGAAGUCGCGGAAAUCGCCCGGCGGCAGUCCACAUCCAUCACCCCUCGAGGCGCCGAUUGUCGACUCGGCGCGCGACGAUGUACAAAGCCCGGCCUACUCGGACAUAUCGGACGACGCGGCGCCGGUGCUCGAGGCUGAAUCGAUGGACAAGUCCAAACAGAAUCAGGAAAAGGACAACAAGGCCACGGCACCAGCGCAUUUGCCCGCGCAUUUCAGUAUGUAUCAGUACUAUGGUCAGCCAUCGUACCUGGUGUCCAACGUUGCGGACAGUAAACCGGUAGUAGACCAAAAACCGAGUGAUCUUACGCCCAAGCAGGAGAUCAAACCGCUCAACAUACCGCAGAUGCCUUCGAUGGCGAGCUUGCAGAGUGUCGUAUCGGAAAAGGAGAAAAAGGAAUUGAGUCAACCUGUACCGCAGCCGCAACAGCAGCCGCACUACUAUGGCGGUUACGGUGGUUAUAUGCCGCCAGGCUACGCCUACCAGCCACCGCAACCGGUCUCGCAACAGCAACAACAGAGUCAGCAGUCACAGGAUCAGGAACCGCAUGAGCAGAAGGCCAAGAUCAAACAGGAGCCACAGCCACAACCGAGUUUGAAAGAUAAGCAGCAUGAAAACCAUCAGAUACUCAAGGAAAGCAUCGAAAUGAAGAGUCAGAUGAGUCCGUACCACGUCUAUCACAGCUCGCAGAGUCAACGAACGGCACCUCCGCCGCCUCCUCCGGGACCUGUUCAAGAUGACAGGAGGUAUUACCUAUAUCCAAGUGAACAAAGAAGAAAAGAGGAAUCAAACAAGCAGAGUCAACAGGCAAAGGCGCCACCACCCAGUCCGAAGCACCAACCGAAGCAGGAAAAACCACAAGAUCUCGGAAAGAGCGAGGACUCCAAGAGCAAGCAGGAGGGUGUAAAGCCGACGAUGGAGACUCAGGGACCGCCACCGCCGCCUACCUCGCAGUACGCUUACAUUCAUCCCAGUUAUAUGCAGCCACAACACUAUGGUGCGCUGCCAUUCGAUCCGGGUCAUCCGGUCUAUCGUGGCCUCAGCCCAAUGCUGGUGCCCGGUCCGUAUUCGAGUAGUCCUUAUCUCCACCAGUUGCCUAGGUAUCACGCACCAGAGGAUCUCAGUCGACCGCCCGGUGGCAAAGCGCUAGACUUGCUUCAACAUCACGCCAAUCAGUAUUACUCGGCGCACAAGAUACACGAGUUACAGGAGCGUGCGCUCAAAUCACCAACGCCCAAGACAUCUGCGGCGUCCGCGAGCCCGUCUUCAGCGGGUCCGACCCCUGCCCGGCCCCCUAGCGGCCCGCCUACUUCGGUUGCAGGCCCGGGCCCACCGCCGGGCCAAGGUCAACAGCCAUCCGGCAAGCAGCAGGGUCAACCGGGUAGCCAGCAGCAACAACAAGGCGCGGUGGAUGCCAGUGGUGGUAACCUCGGCAAGGACAACAGAUCACCUCCCCCACAGCGACACGUGCACACGCAUCAUCACACUCACGUGGGCCUGGGAUAUCCCCUGUUGACGGGGCAGUAUCCCGCCCCCUACGGAGCGGCAGUGCUGGCGAGUCAGCAGGCCGCCGCGGUAGCCGCCUCGGUGAUCUCGCCAUUCCCGCCCAAGUGACCCGCGGCCCCCGCCCCCGUCCUGACCGGCGGAACCGCCGGGGGCAACUCCGCCGCACAGGCCCACCACACGCAUCCGGCGGCGGCGAGCGGCGCGCCCGGUACGGGACACCCGCACGGCACCGCCGCCGGUGGCGGCAGGCAGCCGUAGGAGGCAUGGACACGAGCGAGCGAGCGGUGCAGUCGCUGCUGAUACUGAGCAGGGUGCCGCGUGUAUUUUCCAUGCUACGUUGUACGGCUGGAUUAGGACCAAGGUGUAACCAGUUAAGAGAGGCUCAUGGCGGCCUACGGAUUAGGACCAAGAUGUAACCGGUAAAGAGGCCGGAGGUGUUCUCUACCUGCUCUGCGCCGCCCGUUCUCUCGAUGUCGCUUGAAGUUGGGAUCCUGGAAAGGCUAAUUGAAACACUUGAAACGUUAAGAUCACGAUGCGAUGAGGAUGACCAAAAUGAUGGAUGUUGUUCCUUUUUUUACAACAAUGGCACUAGAGUCUGAAGGCUAGAUGGGACCGAAGACUGGCUGAAAUAUUCGGCAAUGUGAUGAUUAAAGAUUAUAGUUAAAGAGGAUUGAUGAUGUUCCAUGUGAUGUGUCAUUCAAUUGUUCUAUAAAAGCUAACUAGAACUUUAGUAUGAUGAGAUACGGGGUUUUAUGUGCUAUUGUCCGUACGAACUGAGCUAAACUAAAAAUUUUAGAGAAGACUCGAACUACUGGCGACUUUAGAAAGUUUAAAAGAAAUCAGAGAGACUGGUAGAUUACGAAGAUCCACGACUUUCCAAAUCAGGCGCAAACGGGAAAGUACUAUAUGUAUAUCGAAUUUAUAAGAGGGCAUGAGGAAGCUAAGAGACUGAAAACUCGAAUCCGACGCACAAAUACGUUGUCCAAUUUCGAACAGAACUGUUAGUGACCGAUCUGUUAAAUUUGAUCGUGGUAGGGUCGACGAGACGAUCGUAAGCGAGCAAUCCUUCGGACAUAUCGGACUAUCUGACCGAUGCUCACGCGACGAGAGGACGAAUUUCCUCCUUACGCACUCUUCCCGAGUAUCGUGACGUUCCCCUCCCCCACAUAUGUCCAUUGCGAAUCCACGAUCCUCGUGCAGACAAAACCAGCUUGCUGGAUAUCCUUCUUCGUGUACAUAGUGUAUAUCUAAGGAACACGCGCCGCAUAAUGUACAGACGCCUUCGGUUAGCGUAAGAAUAAGCGAUCGAGAGCUCGAUCUUGGCCCGUAGAUUGAGACCUUUGACAGACUUCGAGAAGUAUGAUCUAUCUUGUGAGAUAAAGAGGGUCCCUUGAGCGGGAUCGAGCAAGAGUUACCUCGUUUCGAUUGUGGACCGGAUUCGCUCAGUGUCAACCAGAAAUCGUACUGAUUCCUCGCUGACAUCCGUUAAUGUCCUGGUAAAGCUCGAUUGUUCUUUUCUUUCUAGCGACUAGAUCUAAAUAGACUUUGUCCAAAUAGGAUCAAUAGCUGGACGUUGCCGGAAAAUAUUGUCUAAGAGGUAACGGCAUUCGUAGCCAAAGUUGGGAUAGGGAGAAUCCGGUCCAUUCACUGGGACGAGGCGUGGGAGGUAUGCGACGACGGUCAUGGGGAGGUAGGCGUCUCGUUAGACUGAAGCACGCGAGAACGGAUGAUACUGUCGGUAUUCUCGCGUCCACGGGGCCGCGCUGGCAAAAAUUGCGGAGAGCGUAGAUUUAAUGCGUGCCGAGUGCGAACGCGGCUCCGCCCCCGACUCUCAGACUCGAGCAUGUGUGCGUGCGUACGUGCGUGCGCGCGCGCGCGUGUGUGUGUGUGUAUGUAUGUAUGUGUGUGAUAAGUAAAAAAUAAAAAAUAUAUAACGAUUAUACAUAUAUAUGUAUAUAUAGGAUACACGAGAGAUGUAAAAGAAUUAGCGAAUCACGUGCGUCGACUGCCUUGUACAAGCAUAAUGCAUGCGUGUGGGAUGUGCAUAGAUUCCGUAUCGAUGUAUUUUAUUGUAAAGAAGUAAGACAAAGAAUUUUAGGCGUGCGCAGACUUCGAUUUUUGUAGAGAAAUUGUAUAACUUGCUGAUAACUUAUCUCUUAGGGAAAUGAAAAAUUCAUGAUUGUGUGACCGGAUUGCUAAAUGCCUAUAACGCGAUAACCAGAGGGAACUCGUCCUUAAGGCAUAACAAUUUAUAAAAGAUGAGUCGCGCGGAGACAACAAAGAAAGAAAAAUGGAAAAAACGAGGCGACACGUAAUGCGUUGAUUCUAAAUAAUUAAGUGGCGUUAAGUGACUGUAAAUUUGAUGCUAGAACAUUAUUUGUUUACUAAGGUAGCCACAACGCGAGAGAGCUAGAGGGUAGAAAAAGGGGGCUGAGGGGCGGAGAAGAGAUGCAGGGGCGAGACUCGGAAAGCGAAGUAAAUAGGAGGAACGAGAGAGAGAGAGAGAGACGUAUAAUUACGUAUGCAUAUGCAACUAUAUAUAUAUGUAUCUAUAAACUACAUAAUGUUUGUUCAGUAACUACUAUCGUCAUCCAUUUUAUAUAUAUUAUGCGAUUAUUGAUUAUUAAUUAUAUUAUUUUAUUACUAUUCGUCAGUGUGACGUAAGAUAGAGAGAGAUAAA